UCAACGUCGUUCGAAAGCGGUGUGUUGCGUGAGCUACACAUUUUAUUUCCUUAAUCUGUUUUGCUCCAGUUUUCUAUUGCAGAUUUCCAACGUUUAGAUUUGGUAUAUUUUGAAAGUUAAAAAAAAACAGACUGUUUAAAAGAGGAACGCGACUUGUUAAGAUGGGGUAUAUGGUCGUAGAGAAACACACAUCUGAUCUUCUCCAUCUGAAGAGGUCUCCUGGGAUUAGAUCAUGGUCCCUCCUUAUUGGAAUUGCUUCAGUUGGUCUAGCAGCAGCCUAUUACAGUGCUGACAGCAUAUUAUGGAAGAUGUUCUAUGUGACUGGCUGUUUUUUUGUGGCUCUACAGAAUAUGGAGGAAUGGGAGGAGGCAGUGUUUGAUAAAUCUAAGAACGAGAUCGAAUUAAAGACGCUUAGUCUCUAUGCCAUGAUAUUGACUAUGUGGAAAAGAGGACAUGAGAGAGUGGUGUUGGAUCUGCGACACCUGCGGGACGUGAGUGUUCAGGAGGAGAGGGUGAGGUAUUUGGGGAAGGGUUACCUGUUGGUGCUGCGUCUAGCGACAGGUUUCUCUCACCCUCUUACACAAAGUGCCACGCUGGGCUCACGCAGUGAUGUGGAGGCACUUGCUGCACUUCUGAAGCGCUUCUUGGGUCUUGAAGAGUUACAGCGACGUUUGGCAGUAGAAGAUUAUCCUGAUGAUGACGAUAUUGAAGAUCUGGGAUUGGGCGAUAGCAGUGAUUCAAAAGAUGAAGAUGAACAUUAAAAAACCUCAGGGAUAGAUGGAAAAUGGUGGAAGACACUAGGCCUGUCACGAUAACUUUUUGUUGUGCGAUAUAUUGCCCCAGAGAUAAUUGCGAUAAUCGAUAUUAUUGUCAUUUUAAAGACCAUUUUAUGCCACUGAAUAUAUAAUCAUAAUGUAACAGCACAAUAAUGCAAGAUGGCCUGCACACUUCCAAAUGACAACAAACGUUAAAUUUUUAAGAAUACUUAGAUCAAAGAAAUUAUCAAAAUAUUAGAUACCUUAAAAAACCUGAAUAAAUAGAAAAUAAACA